AUGGUGCUCGAACUUCGCGGCUCCAAGCUGAUUGCAGUCAUUCUGGUCGCCUCAGGGCUGGACUUCUUACUCUUCGGCUACGAUCAAGGCCUCUUUGGAGGCAUCCUGGGUGGUGAUGGUUUCAAAGAGAUGCUCGGCCAGCCAGGUUCUACGCGCACCGGUCUGGUCACUGCGAUAUACGACAUUGGUUGUGCUAUCGGUGCUGUCGCGGCCUUCUUCUACGGCGAAGCUAUUGGCAGAAAGCGGUCCAUAAUCGCGGCAAACAUCAUUGCAGUGGUUAUUGGUGCCGCGAUUCAGACUGCGUCUUACAGCUACGCACAAAUGGCUGUGGCCCGAGUAAUCGCGGGUGUUGGUGUCGGCCUUUCUACCGUUGCCGUGCCCAUCUUACAGUCCGAGACCCUGCCUACUUACAACCGCGGCGCUCUACUGGUCAUUCAAUCUGCUCUUAUCAUCAUUGGUGUUGCGAUCGCUUCAUGGCUGUGCUUUGCAACCUUAUAUGCCGACUCCAGCCUCCAAUGGCGAUUCCCAAUUGCGUGUCAAAUCUUGUUUUCAAUGCUGGUACUCUGUUUGUGCCCUUUCAUCCCGGAAACACCAAGAUGGCUCGCCAAGCACGGCAAGACCGAUGAAGCCCGUCGUGUCAUUUCACGGCUCCUCGACAAGCCCGAGGACGAUCCCGAAGUCAAGGGUCAACUUGUGGAGAUCCUCGAGGCUAUCGCUGCGGAAGGUCAGGACGCUGAGCCAACCUGGAGUGAAGUCUUCAGCAACAGGACCAAGACGAGGAACUUGCAUAGAGUCUUGCUCGGUAUGGGACCUUACAUGUUCAACCAAUGGUCUGGGGUGAACGCACUUUGUUACUAUUUAUCCUAUAUUCUAGAAACAUACCUAGACUUCUCGAGGAGCAUGUCUCUGAUUUUGGCAUCGGUUGCCUUCACCCAAUACGCCGUCUUCUCCUGGCCACCAUACUUCUACAUCGACCGCAUUGGACGCCGCAUGACCGUCAUAUAUUCAUCCGCUGGAUGCGCUGUCUGCAUGGCCGUCAUUGCAGGAUGUCUCAUCUCGCAGACGUACGCCACCGCCGCAGCCGCCGUUGCCUUCAUGUUCCUCUUCCUCGACUGCUUCACUCUGGGUAUCCUCCCUGUAUCCUGGUCGUACAGCGCCGAGAUUCAGCCACUUCGGGUUCGCAACAAGGCUACCGCGGUCGGCGUGUUCAGCCAUUGGAUGUCGAACUUCGUGGUUGUGAUGGUCACGCCAAUUGGUUUGGACUCCAUUGGCGGGAAUUACUUCUGGAUCUGGGCAAUUGUGUGUGCGUCUUUUGUACCGUUGACAUACUUUUUCGGAGUGGAGACGAGUGGAAAGAGUCUCGAGUCAAUCGAUCACAUGUUCUAUGAGGCGCCGAGAAUAUGCAUGGGACUUGACAAGGGGCAUAGCCAAGUCAUUCGAUCGACCAGAGAAGAUGAAGAGAUGAAGCACAAGGCAUUUGCCAAGGGGAGCGAGAAGGACGGUAUCUCCAUCGAUGAGGUGGAGAACAUCGAGGAAAAGUGA